GAGCGGGUGUUGCGAGCGGCUGGGCUGCACACGCACACGCACACCGAUGCACACGGACCCUGAUACCGACAUGGACAUGGACACAGAAACCACAGCACUCUGCCCCUCUGGCAGCUGCCGGGCCUCCCCACCAGGGACACCCACACCAGAGGCAGAUGCCACACUGCUGAAGAAACCAGAGAAACUGUUGGCAGGGUUGGACCGGAGCGGGCCACCCUCUGCCCCUGGGGCCCCCAGACGAAGAGGCAGUAUGCCCGUCCCCUACAAGCACCAGCUGCGAAGAGCCCAGGCUGUAGAUGAACUUGACUGGCCACCUCAGGCCUCAUCCUCUGGCUCCUCUGACUCUUUGGGCUCAGGGGAGGCAGCCCCUGCCCAAAAGGAUGGCAUCUUCAAGGUCAUGCUGGUGGGGGAGAGCGGCGUGGGCAAGAGCACCCUAGCAGGCACUUUUGGCGGUCUCCAGGGAGACAGUGCUCAUGAGCUGGAGAACCCAGUGGACACCUAUGAGAGACGCAUCAUGGUGGAUAAAGAGGAAGUAACUGUAGUUGUUUAUGACAUCUGGGAACAGGAGGAUACAGGGGGGUGGCUGCGGGACCACUGCCUUCAGACCGGGGACGCCUUUCUCAUCGUCUUCUCAGUCACCGACAGAAAAAGCUUCUCCAAAGUUCCAGAGACACUACUUCGGCUCCGGGCUGGGAGGCCCCAUCACGACCUACCUGUCAUCCUCGUUGGAAACAAGAGCGACCUGGCCCGCUCUCGGGAGGUAUCACUGGAAGAGGGCCGCCACCUGGCCGGGACGCUGAGCUGCAAACACAUCGAGACAUCGGCCGCCCUGCACCACAACACGCGGGAGCUCUUCGAGGGCGCAGUGCGUCAGAUCCGGCUGCGGCGGGGCCAGAGCCGCGCUGGGGGCCAGCGGCACGAGCAGGGCAGCCCCGAGGGCCCCGCGCCGCCCGCGCGCCGCGAGAGCCUCACGAAGAAGGCCAAGCGCUUCCUCGCCAACCUGGUGCCGCGCAACGCCAAGUUCUUCAAGCAGCGCUCCAGGUCGUGUCACGACCUCUCAGUGCUCUGAGCCCCGGUCAUGGCCACUGCGGUCGCCAUGGCCACCGCGCCCUCCGUUUGUUCCUUCGCCCCGCCCGGUCCGGCUUCCUUUGUGGAGGCCGUCUAGGAAACCAAAAACUCCCAGGAUGCCCUGGAGUGACCGCGGGGUCGGACCUCCAGCCCCCAGCGGUGGGGAGCGGGGGGCGCGCCGCCACCCCGCGUUCUCCAGAAACCUCCGGCAGGGGAGCACCUGGAAGGCGAGGACGCAGACUGGCGGGAGGUGAGGGCGGCGCGCUGCGGCCGGUGGGCGGGGCGGGUUCUGGCGGGUUAGGAAGGAAAAUAGUUCUGCGGGGUAGCUCGUCUUUUAUUAUUCCGCGUUUGGCCACCUCUGCUGUAAACAGAGUCUAAAAGCGAGAAGUGGAAAAGCGUUUUGUAGAUUCUUUGACGGAGUUACUUCCUUCGUACUCUGCGUGAAUAUGCCUCACCUUUAAGAGAUUCUUAAAGGUAAAAACACAAAGACUCGUCUUCCUUAGACUUUUCCAGAAACGUCCUGGCUCUUUUCUGCUGCAUUUGUCCACUUGCCUUUAAGAAGAUCUUAAAGGCAAGAGCUUGGAAGUGCUGUUGUUGACAUUUGAUCCUGUGAUUUACCCUUCCACCACGGCACUUCCCCUUUAAGAUUAUUAAAGGUAAGGUGUGGACAGACUUUCUGCCCUCAGAUGCUGUCGUGAAGAGCUGAACGAUGGCAACCCCUUUUGGCCAAGGCCCAGGAGGCACCAGCAAGGGGCCUCCUUCCCUUUUCAAUAAAUAAUUUUUCUACUGUA